UAUCAUUUCAUUGUUUUGCUACAGUCUUUUACACCUCUCAUCGUUCUUGUUUAUACUCUUCACACAGUUCCUUGGCAAAAAUUUGUUCUUGUGAGUCUCUUUCUCAAUGAUGGUAACUUUUAUUUAUGUUCAGUGAAAUUUGCGGAGCUUUAGUUUUGUUUAGUUCGGUUUACUUGGGGUGGGUCUGACUUGGUGGUUUUUCGUGUUAGUUUUACUGGAUGUGAACUUCAAAAUCAGAAAUUUAAAAGUUCUUAGGGAAUUUUGUAUCUGAAGUUUCACUGUGGCAGUUAGAGUUUGUCCCUAGUUUUGAUUGUCGGAAUGCCGGGAAAGGAAGAUGCGUCAGCUGGUGGAGCUGAUGGUUCUCAGGAACAAUGUCAACUUGCAAAUGGUCGGAGAAUGUACUGGCGGUCAGCAUCUUGGUCGUCUUCGAGGACUUCACUGCCUCCGCUUAACCCAGAUAUGGAAAAAGAUGGCUUGGACGCAAAUGGAAGUAAUAGUUCUCACGGUCGGAGGCCUUUAACUCCUAGGUCGCAACAUAGUUUCAAGGCUAGGUCGUGUCUGCCACCGUUGCAGCCAUUAGCAAUUGCUCGUAGAAGUUUAGAUGAGUGGCCGAGAGCAGGAUCUGAUGAUAUUGGAGAGUGGCCACUUCCUGCCACCCCCAGUGGGAGGGAUUCACACAGCAACAGUGAGAGGCUUAAGCUGGAUUUGUCAAACAUACAUAAAAAUCCAGAGGCUAAUGGUGGGCUUGUGAGAAGAGAAAAAAUUGCUUUCUUCGAUAAAGAGUGUUCAAAGGUGGCUGAACAUAUUUAUCUUGGUGGGGAUGCAGUGGCAAGAGAUAAGGAUAUACUAAAACAAAAUGGGAUUACCCAUGUUCUUAACUGUGUGGGGUUUGUAUGCCCUGAGUAUUUCAAGUCUGAUUUCGUAUACCGGACUUUGUGGUUGCAGGAUAGCCCGUCAGAAGAUAUUACUAGUAUUCUCUAUGAUGUUUUUGACUACUUUGAAGAUGUCAGGGAGCAACAUGGAAAGAUUUUUGUUCAUUGCUGCCAAGGGGUCUCUCGGUCAACCUCGUUGGUUAUUGCUUAUCGUAUGUGGAGAGAAGGACAAAGUUUUGAUGACGCCUUUGAGUAUGUAAAGGCAGCAAGGGGUAUUGCGGAUCCAAAUAUGGGUUUUGCUUGUCAGUUGUUACAAUGCCAAAAAAGGGUUCAUGCUUCUCCUUUGAGCCCAAGUUCAUUAUUAAGGUUGUACAGAGUCGCACCUCAUUCACCAUACGAUCCUUUGCAUCUCGUCCCAAAAAUGUUAAAUGAUCCCUCACCGUCAGCAUUAGAUUCUAGAGGUGCGUUUAUUAUACAUAUACCUUCUUCAAUAUAUGUUUGGAUUGGUAAGAAAUGUGAAGCAAUCAUGGAGAGAGAUGCCAGAGGGGCUGUUUGCCAGAUUGUUCGUUAUGAGAAAGUUCAGGGCCCUAUCAUAACAGUCAUGGAAGGUGAGGAACCUCUGUACUUCUGGGACGCUUUCUCCAAUUUCCUGCCAUUGAUGGACAAAUUAAAGAAUGGAGGGGAUGUUGUUGAGUCAUCAAGUAAGGUUUGUCCAGGGGAAAGAAAGGUGGAUAAUUACGAUGUUGACUUUGAGAUUUUCCAAAAAGCUACUUCAGGUGGCUUUGUUCCUCCUUUUGCGUCGUGUGAGACUGAACAUGAAACCCACCUUCCAGUUAGAGAAAGUUCUUGGAGCAUGCUAAGGCGAAAAUUUGUAUCGGGGAAUAUGAGGGAUUUUGUCUUUUCAACAAAGUCAGGUAUCUCUAGAGUCUAUCCUGAUUCUAUGUUUAUAACGAGAGACAAUUGUGCAACUAAACAACUACAUUCUUCUUCUAUGUUGUCUUCAUCGUCUUUGUGUUCACCAUCACCAACUACAAUAUCCUUAUCUUCAACAUCUUCUUCAUCAUCAGCCUCAUCACCUCCUUAUCUCUCUCCAGACUCCAUCUCGUCUGAUUCAAGCAUCAAUUCAAAAUGUCUUUCUGAUUCUCCAGUAGUGUCACCUUCAGUUAUCUCUUGUGCAGAUUUAACUUCUUCAACUCCAUCUGACUCCAGUGUGUCUGUUCUCCCUUCCAAGAUUUCUCCACAGUCCAUAUCUAAAACGUCAAAGUAUAUUGAUGUCACCUUCACUUCCCAGACUUCUUCACAAACAGCUCCUCCGCUGUCUAAAAAGUUUCCCCUCUCUAUUGCGGAGCGGAGAGGUAGUUUGUCGAAGGGUCUCAAGCUGCCAUUGCUGACUGAUGAUUUUGAGAGUAAAGCAGGUCAUUUGAAGAGUGUUGCCAAUGAUCAAGGUGACAUUGGCAUAUCAGAAGUGACAAAUGAAUCUUUUAAUGAAGCAGCGACUGCAGCCGAGAUUUUACAUUCCCCACAAGAGAUAAUUGAGUGUAAAAUGGAUGAAUUGCAUAGUUCUUUGGAUAUUUUAGGCAUUGGUAUUCCAUCUGAUAAAGAACCUGCUGUUCUUAGUGGCUUUCAUGAGUAUUUGGAGAAAAUACCAUGCAAUGAAAGGAGAACGGCUGUGUUAAAUGGUGUUGUGGAUACUGGUGGAGCAUCUUGUAACCUAGUGGAACAUGUUGUAUAUCGUUGGCCCAGCUUGGAGAAACUUGCUAUUUGUAGCAUUGAUGAUUUGGAUUCUAAAGGUGCAUAUAUUUUCAUUAUUCCAACUUCAGGUUCUGGAAAAGAUGCAGGUAGAGCUGUGUAUGUUUGGGUAGGAAGGUCUUUUAUUUGUGAGAUUAGCAAGAUUCGGAAGGUAAGCUGCAAAGGGCUUGGUGAUCCAGGGGAUAUUGACUGGAAACAGGCUGCUACAGAUGUUCUUCAUCGAAUGGUUCUGCCAAAUGAUACCAACAUUGAGGUUGUGAAAGAAGAUGAAGAACCUGCUGAGCUCCUAACAUUUUUGAGUUCCCCAGUUAAGCUAACAUGUUCAAGGACACAUCAGGAAUUCCAGUAGAUUACCUCCUCUUUCGUACAUUUUCAGCUUCCAUAAUUUUCCUGGGUUUUGAGUGAAGUCCACCUGACUAUAAUGUGUAGGAGGCUGCUUUUAGAAGUUGUCAGAGGUGGUUCACCUGAAUGUACAUGUAGUUGCUGCAACACCCGAUGACCGUUAGAGGCAAUUGGCCGACUUAACUUUUCAUUGUACAUUGGCCAUGACUUAGAAAAUUAGAAAUUUCAAAGCCAGUUUAGGCAUCAAAAUAGUUCUUAAGCUAUAGUUGUUUUAUCCCUUUCAUUCUGUACAAUGCCUUUGUGCCAAUGAUUAUCAAAACUGCUGUUGCCUGUUGGUUCCAAACC